AUGAGACCGAGACUCUUCCUCGCUCAAGCUGCUACCGCUACCAUUGUGUGUAUCAUGUUGUCUUGCCUUGCAACCUCCAAAGCAUUUUCUACCAAAUCUAGUAGGAUAGUGCCGGGAUUUGCAUUCGUAAGGAGGAGCCACAAAGCCCAGCAACGACAUGCAAUAUUCCGCCUUUCUUCUGGGUCUACCGAUCAAGCCGAUGAAGCCAACAAACAUCAAAAGGCCUAUCACAUUCAAGGGACGUCGGCGUCUCCUGCGGAAUCUACAAAACAAGCAGAAGGACGGAAACGGCGACAGAGAAGCUGUGGACCCGGUGUUCACAUGACUACCAACACCCAUCACACCAUUGCAACAGAUGUUCCCAAGGCCAUGGGGGGUACCAAUCUGGCGCCUCAACCCGUGGAAACUCUACUGGCAGCCUGGAUUGGAUGCACCCAGGCUACGGCUCUCUUUGUGGGUCGUCAACUGGGACUGACUAUUCUUAAAAUGGACUUUAACAUACAUGCCAACCGAGAUGAACGAGGUGCUCUGGAAUUGCCCAUUGAAGUGACUCCCACGGUCCCGUCGCGAUUGCAAGAAAUACACGGCACGAUUCAUGUAUACACGUCCUCCUCGGAUAGUGUGGCAGAAGAGCAAUUCCAUAUACUACAAGAGCAAACAGAAGCCAGGUGUCCCGUGGCCAACAUGAUCAUCCAAAGUGGUUGCCACAUGAAUGUAGAAUGGGUAGUGGCCCCAGAAGAAGUGUGA